AUGGCCCAACCACCAGAUCCAAGUCAGUUCUGUGCUGAUCUGACUGAAAAUUAUAUCCGGUGCCAUAACCAAUGGAAUGAAGUAACAAUCCCUAUUGAUGACAUGGUCUGUGUUCUUGCCGGAACUGUGGGUUCUAAAGUUGGCUACAAAUUGCUGUUUCUCCAGAGAAGACCUGAGGACAUCAAGACAGAGGAUACGGCGUAUUUGGAAAGUAUUCAGCUUACAUCUCUAUCGCCCACACUGCGUUCCCAGUACUUGUGCACAGAACUCCCUCAUCACUUGUGCUCACACGAAACUGAAAUCCAUAUAAUCGUAUCCACAGCGUCGGGAACAGGGGCUGCCAAGAAUUUGUACAAAAAUAUUCUACAACCUUUCCUAUUGCAACUUGCCAUAUGUGAUUACAACGUCCAUGAGACACGGUCCUCACAGACGAUCACCGAACUAUGCAACUCACGAUUUCUUCCUUGCGCCCAGGCGGGUAUCCAGCAAACCAUCAUCCUCCUCUCAGGGGAUGGAGGAAUAGUCGAUGUAGUCGACGCGAUAUAUAAUACCCCGUGGCACUUGAUCACCCGGCCCACCAUUGCCUUAGUCCCAACAGGAACUGGGAAUGCAAUGGCUAGUUCCCUGGGACUCACGUCAUAUCCAUCAUCCUGGUUGAAAGAGCUGCUGCGAGGAAGACCGAGGCCUUUACCGACCUUCGGUGCCAAGUUUUCCCCCGGCGCGCAAUAUGUCACCGAGGAAGGCCGUGCUCGGUCUAGUAUAAGUUCCAACCUCAAAACUAAGUAUGAAGUUCCGAAGGUACAUGGUGCGGUUGUUGCAAGCUGGGGCAUACACGCCGCAUUGGUUGCCGAUAGUGAUACCACUGAGUACCGCAAAUUCGGUGCUGAUAGGUUUAAAUUGGUUGCGGAGGAACUUCUCUUCCCUCCGAGCGGUGCCGAGAGCCAUAGAUAUGCUGGUACAAUUAGUCUCACCAGAUGGGAUAGUCAGACUAACAGCGAAUGUGCGGAGACCAUGGAGAUCAAAGAACACAUGUAUGUGCUGGUAACGAUGGUCCCUAGACUUGAAAGAGAGUUCGUGAUCUCACCCGAGUCUGUUGCACUGGACGGUCGCUUGAGAAUAAUCCACUUUGGCCCGGUACCUUCCGAAAAAGCUAUGCAGUUGAUGGCCUCCGCAUAUCAGGGAGGUCAGCAUGUGUUUGAUAGGAGUGUUUUCUACUCGGAGAUUGAGACACUUAAGAUUGUAUUCCGGGAGACGGAUGAGAGGUGGAGGCGGGUGUGCAUUGACGGCAGAAUCAUUGCAGUCGAGUGUGAUGGUUGGAUGGAGAUAUACAAGGAGCCAGAAUGUCUAUUAAACAUCCUGACAUCCGUUGGGGUUUAA